AUGGAGGCAGAAGGUAGUGCAAAGGAAACAGUGGUAACCCAAGUUAGUCUUGGUGGGUUUGGCAUUCAUGUAACUGCAAAAGAUCUUUUGGAAUACUUGGAAAGAGAGAUUGGACUAGUUUGGCGGUGUAGAUUGAAGACUUCAUGGACCCCUCCUGAGUCCUAUCCGAACUUUGAGAUUACUGACAUCUCAAAGAUAAAAAGAACAGAAGAUUAUAAGCGAGUGGAGCCCCAUGCUUUUGUGCAUUUUGCAUUGCCUCAAUCAGCAACUUGGGCUAUGGAUGCUGCAGGGCGCUGUGAGCUCUUUUUGAAUAACAAAGCAUUGAUGGUUAGUUUGGGGCCUGAAAGUCCUUUCACCUUGAAUAAGAGGAGGAGGACAACAACUCCCUUUAAGCUCUCUGAUGUGGGCGUUGAGAUAGGGACCUUGGUUAGUCGUGAUGAGUUCUUUGUUGGUUGGAGAGGACCUCCUUCUGGUGUUGAUCUUUUAGUAGAUCCUUUUGAUGGAACAUGCAGGUUUUGUUUCGCUAGAGAUACUGCCUUCUCCUUCAAAAACACAGCUGAACAUGCUGUUAUAAAAUGUGAUUAUAAAGUGGAGUUCCUAGUGAGGGACAUUAAUGAGAUCAAACAAUACACAGAAACAUCAUGUCUAGUUGUUUUGUUGCAGCUGGCUUCUGUACCUUGUGUCUGGUAUAGAACUGCUGAUGAUGAUAUUGAAGUAUCAGUUCCUUUCGACGUGUUGGAUGAUGACGAUCCUUGGAUCCGAACCACAGAUUUUACACCCAGUGGGGCUAUUGGUCGGUGCAACUAUUAUCGAGUUUCAAUCCCACCUCGUCACGGUCUAAAGUUGAGAAAGGCUGUGAAUUAUCUCAAGGAACGGAGGGUGCAGGAGGAACACCUCAGACGCCCAAUCAGGAUUCUGGAUGAACCAGACUUUGGAAUGUCCAGGUCAGAUCCUUUCUUCUGUAUUCAUCACAAAGAGGGAAUAGCUUUUGAGGUAAUGUUUUUGGUGAAUGCUGUCAUGCAUAAAGGCAUAUUCAAUCAGCAUCAAUUAUCGAGUGACUUCUUUGAUUUACUGAGAAAUCAUCCUGCUGAAGUCAGUGUUGCUGCACUGAAGCACAUUUGUUCUUACAGACGCCCAGUGUUCGAUGCUCAUAGGAGGCUGAAAGUUGUGCUAGAAUGGUUGUUGAAGAACCCAAAACUUUUUAAGAACCCGAAACAGUUGGCUGAUAUUGUAGAAAUUAGAAGGUUGGUCAUCACUCCAACUAAAGCCUACUGCCUUCCACCAGAAGUCGAACUCUCCAAUAGAGUUUUGAGAAAAUACAAAGAUGUCGCCGAUCGGUUUCUCAGAGUUACGUUCAUGGAUGAGGGUUUCCAGAUAAUGAAUUCAAAUGUUCUAAACUAUUAUGUUGCUCCUAUUGUCAAAGAAAUCACUUCUAACUCCUUCCCUCAGAAAACGAGAAUCUUCAAACGAUUGAGGAGCAUACUAACUGAAGGUUUUUAUUUAUGUGGUCGGCGAUACUCCUUUUUGGCCUUCUCAUCCAAUCAAUUGAGGGACCGAUCUGCUUGGUUUUUUGCUGAAGACAGAAAGACAAGCGUGCUGGCUAUUAAAAGUUGGAUGGGGAAGUUCACCAAUAAGAACAUUGCAAAGUGUGCUGCAAGAAUGGGUCAGUGUUUUUCCUCUACUUAUGCCACUGUAGAAGUUCCACCAGAAGAGGUUAAUUCUGAUCUUCCUGAUAUUAAAAGGAAUGGUUAUGUUUUCUCCGAUGGCAUCGGCAUGAUUACUCCAGAUCUUGCCAGGCAAGUUGCAGAGAAACUUAAGCUUGACAUCUACCUACCCUGUGCUUACCAAAUCAGAUAUGCUGGUUGCAAAGGAGUCGUGGCUUGUUGGCCAGAACAAGGUGAUGGUAUCCGCUUGUCUCUGAGGCCAAGCAUGGACAAGUUCCAAUCAAACCAUACAACUUUGGAAAUUUGUUCAUGGACUAGGUUUCAACCUGGUUUCUUAAACAGGCAGAUAAUUACAUUGCUCUCAACUCUAAAUGUUCCUGAUGAAGUAUUCUGGAAGAUGCAGGAAACGAUGGUCUCCAAACUAAACCAAAUGCUUGUGGACUCGGAUGUUGCAUUUGAUGUCCUCACCACAUCAUGUCCUGUGCAAGAGAAUGUUGCUGCUAUAAUGCUGAGUGCAGGUUUCAAACCUCAGAAGGAACCUCAUUUGCGAGGCAUGCUAACUUGCAUAAGAUCUGCACAGCUUUGGGGCCUUAGAGAAAAGGCUCGAAUUUUUGUUUCCUCGGGAAGAUGGUUGAUGGGCUGCUUGGAUGAGCUAGGAGUGCUUGAACAAGGUCAAUGCUUUAUCCAAGUGUCCAACUCGUCAUUGGAAAACUGUUUUGUGAAGCAUGGGUCAAAGUUUAGCGAGGCCAAGAAAAAUCUUCAAGUCAUCAAAGGAACUGUGGUAAUAGCCAAGAAUCCCUGUCUUCAUCCUGGAGAUAUAAGGAUUUUGGAAGCAGUUGAUGCCCCAGGACUUCACCACUUGUAUGAUUGUCUUGUCUUCCCGCAAAAAGGUGAGAGGCCCCACGCAGAUGAAGCUUCUGGAAGUGAUCUUGAUGGGGACCUCUACUUUGUCACCUGGGAUGAAAACCUUAUUCCUCCAAGCAAGAGGAGCUGGACACCCAUGCAGUAUGAUGCUGCAGAAGCCAAAAUCCUUUCUCGCCCUGUCAAUCAUAAGGACAUUAUAGAAUUCUUUGCAAAAAACAUGGCGAAUGAGAAUUUAGGGGCAAUUUGCAAUGCACAUGUGGUUCAUGCUGAUUUGAGUGAGUAUGGUGCUUUGGAUGAGAAUUGCCUAACGCUAGCAGAGUUAGCGGCUACAGCUGUUGAUUUUCCCAAGACGGGGAAAAUUGUUGCCAUGCCUCCACAUUUGAAACCCAAAAUGUACCCAGAUUUUAUGGGGAAAGAGGAGUCUCAGUCCUAUAAGUCGAAGAAAAUUUUGGGAAGGCUAUAUCGCCAGAUAAAAGAUGCUUAUGAUGAAGAUGCAGCUGAAUCUUCCGAGUGUAAUGUUGUUCCUGGUGACAUCCCUUAUGAUUCUGAUCUUGAAGUUGUGGGAGCUGCUGAUUAUAUCAGUGAUGCUUGGGAUCUAAAGUGCUCAUACGACAGGCAGCUGAAUGGCCUUCUUGCACAAUACAAAGUGAAGAGGGAAGAAGAGGUUGUAACAGGGCACAUAUGGUCUAUGCCGAAGCACAGCAGCCGGAAGGCAGGGGAGCUGAAGGAUAAGCUUAAGCAAUCUUACAAUUGUUUAAAGAAAGAAUUUAGGCAAGUCUUUGAUAAAAUUGAUUUAGACCUUGACCAACUCGAUGAUGACGAAAAGAACAAGCUUUAUGAGCGGAAGGCGUCAGCGUGGUAUCAGGUUGCCUACCAUCCUCAUUGGGUGAAGAAGUCACUGGAGUUACAAGAUCCAGAUGGUGCUGGUAAUUCAGUGAUGCUGAGCUUUGCUUGGAUUGCAGCUGAUUACAUUGCUCGGAUCAAGAUUCGGCACAGAGGGAUGGGAAAUGUUGACUCUGCUAAGCCUGUCAACUCACUAGCCAAGUACCUUGGUGAGAGGAUGUGA